UUUUUUUUUUUUUUCAAAUCAAAGCAUAAAUGCAGCAGAAAACAUUAUCCUUGCGGCGUGGCUGACACAGUAUAGCGUACUCAGUUUGCGUUCAGCUCCUAUUCUUCAAAAUGGCCCUACAGUGAUUUGGAGAGGAAUUGUUGAAUAAAGUUGUCAUUUGUUUUCUUCGCUUACAAAAACUAUUCUUGUCUCUUCAUAACGUUACAGUUGAAUCACUGAUGGCAGAUGGACAAUUCUGACUAUGCUUUUUAUACUUUUCUGGACCUUGACAGUGUAUUUUUCUUGGCAGUCUAUGGGACAGUCACAAGUCCAAAUUCUCUCACCAAUGCCCCGCAGGUUUAUUACAACCCCUUCCCGUUCCUCAGCCCCCAUGGUCUCAUAUAGCAAUUGACUUUGUUACUGAUCUCCCCAACUCCAGAAAUCACACCACAAUUCUUACAGUCAUCGACAGAUUCUCCAAGGCCUGUCGACUCAUACCCUUACCCAAACUGCCUACGGCCUUUGAAACCGCUGAAGCCCUGUUAGAACAGGUUUUCUGUUCUAUGGCCUUCCUGAGGAUAUUGUCUCCGACCGAGGCCCACAGUUUACCUCUCGAGUCUGGAGGGCUUUUUGCUAACAACUUAACAUCAAUAUCAGUCUCACCUCCGGCUACCAUCCACAAUCCAACAGCGAAGUCGAAAGGCUCAACCAAGAAAUCACCAGGUUCUUAUGCUCAUACUGCCACCAGAAUCAGAAUGACUGGAGUCCUUACCUGUUGUGGGCUGAGUAUGCACAAAACUCGCUCCGCAAGCUAUCAACUGGCCUCACCCCUUUCCAGUGUGUCCUCAGCUUCCAGCCCCCUCUAUUUCCCCGGUCGGGAGAACCCUCCGAACUCCCUGCUGUCAACAACUGGUUAAGGAGAAGCGAGAACACAUGGAAUACAGCUCAUGUCCACCUACAAAGAGCAGUGUGUCGAACCAGGGAACAAGCCGAUCGUCAGAGAAGGGAGGUAUAUCCCUGGACAAUGGGGCUGGCUGUCCACCAGGGACCUGCGACUUCGACUACCCAGCAAAAAACGAAGUCCCAGGCCGCUGGUGGACCCGGAGGAGAGAGGGACCAGGACGAGGUCGCAGAUGAGGGCACUCCUCCCCUAAUCCUGAAUGGUGAGGAGGCGUAUCAGAUCAGAGAGAUUCUGGAUUCCCGACGCAGAGGACGAGUGCUGCAGUAUCUGGUCGACUGGGAAGGAUAUGGCCCAGAGGAGAGGUCCUGGGUUAAUGCCCAUGAUAUCCUGGACCCCACACUCACCCUUGAGUUUCAUCAAACCCAUCCAAAUUGACCCACACCUCAUCCCCGUGGUAGGCCAGCCACUCAGGUCUGGGGCCGGUCGCAGGGGAGGGGCUCUGUCACGAAUCAGACCUCUGUGGCUCUCUCCGAUGGCCACCGGAGAGGCACCCUCUCCUGAGUACUGACAUUCACACCGGACUCCAUUUCCCAUAACCCCGUACUAGACUGAUCACCUGCACAGGUGUUGCUCAUCACUGGCCUAUUUAACCAGCGUUCCUACUCGCACACACUGCGAAGUCUUGUUUUGCCCUGGCUGACAUUUCUGAGUGGUUUCCCUGCCUUCCUGAGAUUGUUUGUGUAUGACCCUGGAAUGUUUGACUAUUCUGAUUCUCUGCCGCCUACCCUUGUGAUCUUGUUACCUAGAAUUCUGAUCGUUUGCUGGUUGCCCCGACUCCUGCCUGGUGUUGUUUCUGUCUCCGUCUUGCCUCUGAUAUCCCUGACACUGUUGAUUGACCAUUGCCUGUUGGUGACCUUGAUUCUUUCAAUAAAGAGCUGCAAAUGGA